CUGAGCACUGGGUAAAGCGACCAUAGCUAGCUUUAUUGUCCAAUUUGAUAACACACUAUACAGCUCUGUCGCAAGGACAGCCAUCUAGGGUUAUCGACAUGGCUGACGCGUCGCUCGCGAAGGGCUGCUGGGCGACGCUCUCGCGAGACACGCUUGCAAGGAUCAUACAACUAGCAGCGUUUAACGAGAACGAUGUUGCGUGCAGCCUGCUCCCGCUGGACAAAGCAACGUGCGCUCUGGCACGCUCCCUCGGGUACUCCGCCACCGUCCACGCCGCAAAGGCGGUGCCGCGCUGGGCAUUCGCGGCGCGCUGGGGCGCUCCCGGCGCAAUGCGUGAUAUGACUCUGGAGAUGCGCCGCAAGCUACUAUGCGCCACCGCAGCCAGCGGCGACCUGGAAAACCUGGAGCUUGCGGCUUCGGUGGUGGGCUGCCCGCUGGGGCCGGACGUGUUCACAGCCGCACGCGCUGCCGGCCACGGCGAAGUGCUGGGCUGGCUGCGGUCGGCUGGGCUCACGGACACCGACGCGUCCCUGGAGGCGGCCGGGCGCGCAGGCCAUCCCAACUGCAGCCCCUCCUGCAUCAUAGCCGCGGCAGGCGCCGGCCACAGUGUCUGCGGCCGGCUGCGGUCCAUCAACUCCCUGGAGGAGCGAAUGAACAUCGCGCUGGCCGCGGCGGCGGCCGCUGCUGGCGGCGGCCACGCGGCUGAAUGCGACCGGCUGCUGCAGCUGCACAAGGAGAUGCGGGACGGGUUCCUGGGGCUGCACCCCGCCGUGCCCGCCUUCGAGGCGGAGAACUUCCCGCAGCUGCAGGCGGCGGGCGUGCGGCUGCUGGAGGCGGCGGUGGAGGGGCUGGGGCUGGGCGAGCUGGCGGCGCUGUACGGCAGGUGGAUAGACCGCAGCAGGACUGCCGGUCGCCCCAACGCUGUUGGUGGUGGAGAUGGAAGCGCAGCAGGAGCAGGAGCAGAGGCAGGGGCAGGGGCAGCAGCCGGCGGCGGAGACGGCGGGAGCAGCAGCGGCAGCGGCCAGGGAUACCAGCACUCGGGCUGGGUGCUGACGUGGCGGCCAGAAGAAGAAGAGGAGGAUGCCCUAUUUGGUGAGGCGCGCACGCCGCAGGAGCGCAGUGCGGCUGCGGCUUGGCGGGCGGGUGUGCAUGCACGGCUGCUGGCGGCAGCCGCAUGCAGCGCCUCGCCGGAGUGGAGGGCAAAGUACGAGUGGCUUAAGGCGCGCGGGCACGUGGCUCGGCGCGACUGUGACAAGGUGCGGGUGGCGGCACGCGCCGCGGCCUGUCCGUCCUCGGUACCUGGCCCAGGGCUUGAAGAGGAGGCGGUUGUGAGGCUGGGCUACCUACGAGGGGAGCUGGGGGUCGCAGCGGUGUGCAGCGCGCGCGUGGUGGCGGAGGCUUUGGUCAGCGGCAAUGACCGGGCGCUGGAGUAUGUGCUGCGGCUGGCAGCUGAGGCAGCAGACUUGGAUUCCAUAGAGACGGCAUUGGCAACAGAGGCGGCAACAGGGUCAGCAGCCCAGGCAGGCGACACUGACGCACUGGGCUCCGGCCCACAUGCAGCCGACCACAGCCAGAGCUUCAAAGCAGCGGACAGUCACCCGUGCAGCGAUGGCGGCAGUAGCAGCAACAGCAACAGCAACAGCAGCAGCAGCAGCAGCAGGCCCUGUCCCAGCCCUCACGAGCUGGUCGCCGCAGUCGUGGCAGCCCCCGACGCGGUCCCGACGGCGGCUGCACGCGGCCACAUUCGCUGCCUGAAAGCUCUGCGUGCCUGGGGCGGCCGCAUGAGCACUGCGGUCCUGGUGGCGGCGGCGCGAGCGGGUCAGAUGCAGGUCGUGGCGUGGCUGCUGGACGAGUGCUGCACAGGCAGGGCCGCUCCUGGUGGCCGGGGCAGGGUUGUUGGCGCCGAGGGAAGCAGCGGCAGCGGUGGAGGCGAACCCCAGGGCGAGGGCGAGGUGCAGCAGACGGCGGAGGUGUGCACCGCGGCGGCGAGGUCGGGCAGUCUGGAGCUGCUGGCGCUGGUGCGGGCGCGCGGCUGCCCCUGGGGCCCGGAGGCGGUGGCGGCGGGUGCGGCGGCGGGCUGUGAGGCAGUGCUGGCGUAUCUGGUGGCGCAGGGCUGUCCAGCCGGGGACUGCCACGACGCCUACGCUGCCGCCAUUGCCGCCGAGGACUUGCUCACGCUGCGCUGCCUGCGCCGCCUGGGGCUACCCUGGUCGGGCGACGCGGCCACCUGGCGGGCACACGCCAUCCGCUGCGGCGUGCCGCUGCUGCGAUGGCUGCACGAGGAGGCCCAGGUGCCGGUGCUGGACUGGAUGCGCUCGCUGGGCAACCGCCGGGAUGGGCGGCGUACCGAGCAGCUGUCCAGGAGGGUAACGGAAUGGUACGCGGGGGAGGAGGCCAAGGCCGCGGAGGUGCGGCGGCAGCGGCUGCGGCAGGAUGAGGAGGAGAUGCAGCGGCUCCAGGGGAAGAAGUGGUGGCGGCGGGCCGCUGUGCCGUCAGAAUCGCCCAAGACUCCGUCAGGAAGUGGCCCUCAACAACGUUCCCUGGAGUCGACCGCACAACUCGCAAGAGACACAGGCAAUCACCACGUGCUGCGCUGGGUGAGCGAGCGCAUCGCGCUCGCGAACAUCUGGCGCAUCGGUCGUUGAGGGCACAGGAGCGGGGGGUGGCCCACACACGGAGGCACCUACCUGUCGACCAUUAGCUCUUCAGCAUUGCAGGGGAGCGGCAGGGGAGCACGUGUCCAAGCUGCAGCCGAAGGGCCCCAGCAACUUGUGCUCACCUGGUGGUGGUGUGCGACACUGCCGCCGUCUCGCAGCGCACAGGCAUCUGUAGAGCUGGAAAAGCGUUGCGAAGGAAGGCGCGGCACAUGGCUAGGCGCGCUCAAACUCGAGGACGGGUGCAUGAUGGCCGGCGGCGGAGGCCGUGUGGUUCCUGGUGUGCAAGUCGGUGUCCGUAAACGAACAGUGCGGUGCCGGCAUUUUGGACCUGCCUGGCGCCCAUAGGCCAUAGUCUCAGUGGCCGCGGGUUGGAGGCCAGUCAGAUGAGGGGUGAGGGGACGAGUUUCUCACCACCGUGGUGCGGGAUGAAUAGUGAACCUAGGGCAUUAUGUUGGUAUACCGCGGUUACGAGUAAGGGCAGUAUAUGCCGUGCGUGCCUCGUUUGUUGGCCAUGCGGGACGUAUUGUUUUGGUGGGGUGGGCUUGAAGUCAGGGCUGUCCGGAAUAUUACAAGCGAGGUAAGUGGGAUAUUGAUGGUAUGUCUGCUUGCGGCCGGUUGCCGAACGCAGACAGCUCGCCGUCGAGGGUGGGCGGGCGCCUGAUGGUCGUGCGUGUGUGUUUGCGAUCGCGGCAAUGCUGUUUGUUGUUUCUUGGGCCCUUUUCGUCGCACAAACUGAUAGUUGUAAACAACAAUAUAUAAUUGCAAGG